UGCAGGCAAACGAAUCGGGCACCCUGCCAUACCGGAUGGAGGAGUGAAAUGUCAAAUAGAGAAGUAGAAGUCAAGCCGGAUGAAAGCGACUACGCUGCACACGGCACUAAAUAUAAUUUUUCUUAUCCUACUUAAUUAAGUUCAUUUGUAAUUGAAUUAUGGAACGUUUCGGAUAACGUUGCCCCAAUACGGUAGUAUAUGAAAUACUGUUCAGUUGAUAUGCGUUAUUACAACGGUAAGCAUUCUUAAUAUAUGUGAGGUUAGGUGUUACUACGGUUAACGCACGCUUAUCGUUUUUUUUCUCAUUUUCGAAGAUCUAACCGUAUAAUUGAGUGCAUUGAACUAGAACACAUUUGAAUAGAACACAAGUUGAAUUCAUUACUAACCUGAAAAAGGUAUUAGUAGUAUACAAGCGAUUACUACGUUUGAAGGAGAUUUAUAGUUUCGGAUAGUUGAAUAAGGGAAGACCUAAUCUUUGAGCUGCUGCACAAGAAAGCUCGCUUCAAAGAAUCUCCCUAUAUCCGAACUGCCUCCGAACAUUCUCAAAGAUUAGAGUCGAAGAUGUCACAGGAACAAGAUGGAUUUGACUGCGAGAGGUGUGAACGACCCAACUCUUGCGAUAACAUGGUACAGUGUGAUUCUUGUCUGGGUUGGUAUCACCUGGAUUGCGCGAAUGUAUCGCCUGGAGUUGAAAAUCGACCAUGGCAUUGUGAAACGUGCUCACAAAAUACCUCAUUGCCGGAGAAAUCACACAAAAGAGAAACUGCUUCCAGUGGCCUGAUAACCACACCAACAGUGGCGCGCAACGACAAAUCAAAGAAGGAAAUUGAGGCCUGCGAUAGCAAAAAAAAGGGAGCACAAAAGAAUGUCGGAACUACCUUGAAAGGCUUCACUACAAGGAAUACGUCACCGACCAACAAAACUCCGAAGGAACGUCUCGAAUAUUCGAAACGAUCAUGUACUGAAGCCAGCUCUAUGCGAACUAACACGUCCAGCGCUAGAGUUGUAGCUCAGAAAGCACUUCGUCGACUGGAGGAAAAACAGAAAUUAGAGGAGCAAAAACUGGAAUUUCAACGACAAGAACUAGAAAAGGCUAAAGAGCGUCUGCAAAUGGAGAAGGACCUAGAGGAAAGAGAAAAUGCAUUGACUAGGAAGCAACUAAAAAUGCUCGAGAAAUUCUUGGAAGAAAAGCUCAGUUUAGAGGAAAAACUUUUGGAAGAUGAAGUCCUCUCCCAGCACACAUCACGCACCGAGAAAUCUGCAACGCGAAAAUGGGUAACGCAGCAACGUUUGCAAGACGCCUUCGGGCAAACGAGUGAUGAAAACGCGAAAAAUGAAGAACCAUGGGGGGAUUCGGAAGCAUCAGGUCAUGCUACUAGACCCGAAGUACCAAAUAAUCUGUCAAAAGGAGCUCUUAGUGGCAUGUUAAAUGGAAACCAGAUUGCCGCUAGGCAUCUAUGGCCGAAACAAUUGCCAACGUUUUCUGGCGAUCCCGAGGAAUGGCCGGUAUUCUAUAGUAGCUAUUUAGACUCUACUAUGGCCUGUGGAUUUGCACCGGUCGAAAACAUCAUUCGGUUGAGAGAAUGCCUUAGAGGUCCAGCACGGGACGCAGUGAUUACUAAGUUAAUGUUUCCGCAUGCCGUAUCAUCGAUAAUUGAGACCCUUCGACGGCUAUAUGGACGACCAGAGCUUCUCGUCAAACAUCUACUUACAAAAGUACGUCGCUUGGAAGCUCCGAAACCCGAGAGGCUUGACAGUUUAAUUAACUUCGGUUUAACGGUCCAACAGCUAUGCGACCAUCUCGAAGCUGCAAAUUUGAAAAGUCAUCUGGCAAAUACUACGCUACUGGAAGAGCUUGUAGGGAAACUGCCGGCCACAAUCAAGCUUGAUUGGGUGCGAUACAAGCGGGCGUUUAAUGAUCCGUCGCUUAAAGAGUUUGGAAAUUUCAUGGAUGGAUUGGUCAUAGAUGCAAGCGAGGUUACAGUUCUAGUACAAUCAAAAAAUGACUCUGGAUGCUAUGACAGGAUAAAGCAUCAUCAAAAGGCUCACGUUCACGCCCAUAACGAAGACCAUGCCAUGCUGGGGAACAGCUUACCCCGAAAACCUUGUCCGAUCUGCGCCAAAUUAGAUCAUCGUGUACGAAAUUGCAACGAAUUCAAACGAAUGAGUCUUGAAGCGCGUUUGAAAGCGGUGGAAGAGAAUAGACUCUGUGAAGUGUGCCUGUUCGACCAUGGUAACUGGACAUGUAAAUCAAGAUUCUCGUGUAACGUGGGAAACUGCCGUGAGCGGCAUCAUCCAUUAUUACACCACGAUGGGACAUUGAAUGUAAUAAAAGCUGACUGCAAGACCCAUAGAAUUGCAACAGAAGUCGUUCUAUUCCGUGUUGUGCCAAUCACAUUAUUUAACGGGUCGCGUAGUGUUGAUACUUUCGCCUUCCUCGAUGAGGGGUCCUCCCACACUUUAAUCGAUGCUAGUAUUUCACGCCGCCUCGGAGUCGUAGGAACCUCAGAGCCGUUAAAGUUAAUAUGGACUUCAGAUGUAAGUCGCGAAGAGAGCUCGUCAGAACGAGUUGACUUAAUGAUUUCAGCCAGAGGUGGACACGAGCGAUACAAGCUUUCAGCCGCACGUACUGUUUCCACAUUGAGUCUUCCUACUCAGAAUCUACGCGUAGAUAAAAUUUCCUCACAAUUUAGACAUCUAGAGGGCGUCUCUAUGAUUUCAUACCAGAAUGCGAAACCGAAAGUUCUCAUCGGCUUACGAAACUUAGACUUAAUUGCACCAAUUGAGAGCCGUGUAGGUCGGCCGGGUGAGCCUAUUGCAGUAAGGAGUGUUCUUGGAUGGACAAUAUACGGGCCGUGUGGAAAGCGUCUCGAUGAGCGACCAUUCUUGGGACAUCACCUGUGUAAACUAGAAGUAGAUCAAGAACUGAACGAAAUAGUACGCCAACAGUUUAUUCUGGAAGACGCCGGAAUAGCGCCCGUACAGUUGCCAGAGUCGGCAGAAAUUAUGAGAGCGAGGGAGAUCCUAAAUAAAACAACAUUCCGCCAAAACGGUAGAUUCGUCACCGGACUGCUGUGGAAAACCGACGAGAUACGCUUCCCAGACAGUUUACCUAUGGCAACUAAACGACUUAGAAAUUUCGAAUCAAAAUUGUCAAAAGACCUCGGAUUGCGACGAGAUGUGCACAAACAAAUGAGAGAGUACAUCGACAAUGGUUAUGCCCACAAAGCGACACAAGAUGAGAUAAGUAAAGUCGAUGCUAACCGAGUGUGGUAUUUGCCACUUAGCGUGGUGGCUCACCCCAGAAAACCGAACAAAAGACGACUUGUGUGGGACGCAGCUGCGAAAGUUAAUGGAGUGUCUUUAAAUUCCCAACUGUUGAAGGGACCGGACCUAUUAGUUCGGCUGCCGGGUGUAAUUUGCAAGUUUCGCGAGAGGCGUAUUGGCUUUGGUGGAGACAUCGAGAAGAUGUUCCAUCAGAUUCGGAUACUCCCAGAGGAUACUCAUUCUCAACGAUUUCUGUUCCGUUUUGAUGAACAGCUACCACCGGACAUUUAUAUUAUGGACGUAGCAACGUUCGGUGCUACCUGCUCGCCAUGCUCGGCGCAGCACGUUAUGCACUUGAAUGCCGACGAAAAUGCACAUGAAUUCCCUGAAGCAGCCCUGGCAAUCAAGGAGAGAACAUAUAUGGACGACUACUUCGACAGUACCGAUACCCCAGAAGAAGCCUUGAAACGGGCCCUACAGGUAAAGCUGAUCCAUUCUCGAGGUGGGAUGAAUAUGCGAAAUUGGGUUUGCAACAAUGUAGCAGUUCUGCAAGGAAUAGGAGAAACACCAGAGCAGCGGUCACUCCCUAUCGACUGUAGUAAUGGAGAGGAACAACAACGAGUUCUCGGAAUAGUUUGGGAUCCUGAAAAAGAUAUCUUCAUAUUCUCCACGAACUGGCAUACCGAGCUGGCUCCGUAUGUAGUGGAGGGUAGGCGACCAACCAAGCGGAUUGCUUUGCGUAUCGUGAUGAGCUUGUUCGAUCCGUUGGGAUUUCUUGCACCGGUUUUAAUUCAUGGCCGAAUGCUAAUUCAAGACCUCUGGCGGACUGCUUUAGACUGGGACGUUAAAAUUGGCGACACCGAGUAUGAUAAGUGGUUUCAAUGGAUAAACAUUCUACCAAGAAUCAGUACCAUUGAGAUCCCGCGGUAUUAUUUUAUUGGAUCUCGACCUAGCUCCUAUGAAUCAUUGCAGUUACACAUAUUCACUGACGCAAGCGAGUUGGGCUACGGAUGUGCCGCUUACUUCCGAAUUGUGGUCGAAGGAGAAAUAAAAUGUGCGCUUGUCAUGGCCCGAAGCAAGGUGGCUCCGCUUAAGUACCAAUCCAUUCCGCGGAUGGAGCUCCAGGCGGCGCUUCUAGGAGCGAGAAUGAUGAAGACCGUGUGCGAAACUCACACGCUGCCGAUCCGCGAGAAGUAUAUUCACACAGAUUCAGAGGUAGUUCUAGCAUGGAUUCACUCUCAACAUCGCAAUUACAAACAGUUUGUCGCGUACCGAAUCGGAGAGAUACUGACGCUUACAGAACCUGCGAGUUGGCGACACGUUCCAUCAAAGGAAAAUUUAGCAGAUUGUUUAACAAAGUGGAGUAAGGACACUUUACCCGAUUCGAAUGGAAGAUGGCUGACUGGCAAAAAUACCUUUCUGCAUAAAGAAAUGGAAAAUUGGCCAAAACAAAAACAAAUUCCGCGUACUAAUGAGGAGUUAAGGGUUCACCUUCUGCUACAUCGCAUUGCGGUUCCGGAACGCAUUAUAGAUGCCGAACGAUUCUCAAAAUGGAAGGUGUUGUUACGAACUGUGGCACUGGUAAGUCGUUUUGUGACAAAUUGCCGUCGUAAGGCCAAGAAACUUCCUAUUAAGACGAUUAAAGCAACUAAGAGUCUACGACCGCUCAUAAAAUGUUCAAUCCCAACCGAAAUUGUUCCUCUCUGCCAGAAUGAGUAUUUAACUGCUGAACAAUUAUUAUGGCAAACGGCACAAAACGAUAUUUAUCCUGACGAAGUCAAAAUCCUCAUAAAUAAUCGAGAUGAACCGCCAGAGAAAUGGAUUAAACUUGAAAGAUCCAGUCCACUAUACAUACUAUCUCCUUUCGCCGAUCAGUUCGGAGUCAUAAGAAUGGAAGGUCGGACAGCCAAGGCAAGUUACGCGACGUUUGAUGCUCGAUUCCCAGUCAUACUGCCAAAAUCACACCCCAUCACUCUAUUACUCCUUGAAGAUUUCCAUACUCGAUACGGGCACGCGAACCGCGAGACGGUAGUCAACGAGGUUCGCCAAAGAUUCCAUAUCUUCAAUUUGCGUGCCACGGUAGCCAAAGUAAUGAAAAAAUGUCAACGAUGCAAGAUUAGGAAAUGUAAACCACAACAUCCCCGGAUGGCACCGCUUCCCAUAGAGAGGUUGACACCCUUUGUUCGACCGUUCUGUUACGUGGGUGUAGAUUACUUGGGGCCUCUGGAAGUCUCGAUCGGGCGUCGCAAGGAAAAGCGGUACGUAGCGGUUUUCACAUGUCUAGUCGUUCGUGCCGUACAUUUAGAAGUGGCGCACAGUCUAUCCACAGACUCAUGCAUUAUGGCAGUGAGAAGAUUCAUACGACGACGAGGAUCGCCAGUAGAAAUAUGCUCGGACAACGGUACUAAUUUCGUUGGCGCGAGUAACGAAUUGAUCAAGCAGAUUAAAGAUAUAAACAACGAGUGUGCGGAUACGUUUACAGAUGCUCGAACUAGAUGGACGUUCAAUCCCCCGUCAGCUCCACAUAUGGGUGGCGUGUGGGAGAGAAUGGUCAGAAGUGUUAAAGAAGCAAUGAGGGCGCUCGACGACGGUCGUAAACUAAACGAUGAAAUACUACUCACAGUUUUGGCUGAGGCAGAAAGUUUCAUCAACUCACGACCACUAACAUAUAUGCCUCAAGACUCUGCGGAAGGAGAAGCGAUUACACCAAAUCAUUUCAUUCUCGGAAAUUCGUCGGGUGCCCAUGAACGGAUGCUACUUCCAAUUGAUUUGGCUGCAUCGCUGAGAAGCAGCUAUCAAAGAUCGCAGUUUUUGUCAGGUGCAGUGUGGAAUCGUUGGUUGAAGGAGUACUUCCCCUCGCUGAACAAACGAUCGAAGUGGUUUACGGAUACCAAACCAAUUCAAGUGGGGGACCUGGUAUACAUUACCGAAGGGAGUCGACGAACCUGGGUACGCGGCAAAGUGCGAGAGGUAAUUGCCGGAAGUGACGGCAGGAUUCGUCAAGCGAUUGUACGAACAGCUGGCGGUAAAGAUUUGAGGCGACCAGUCGUUAAAUUAGCUGUUAUGGAGGUUUCUGAUGGUGAAUUCUGUGAAAGCCCACAAGUCUCUCAUCAGGAUUCACGGGGCGGAGGAUGUUCUGAUAACACUGCUGUUCUUUCUGCAGGCAAACGAAUCGGGCACCCUGCCAUACCGGAUGGAGGAGUGAAAUGUCAAAUAGAGAAGUAGAAGUCAAGCCGGAUGAAAGCGACUACGCUGCACACGGCACUAAAUAUAAUUUUUCUUAUCCUACUUAAUUAAGUUCAUUUGUAAUUGAAUUAUGGAACGUUUCGGAUAACGUUGCCCCAAUACGGUAGUAUAUGAAAUACUGUUCAGUUGAUAUGCGUUAUUACAACGGUAAGCAUUCUUAAUAUAUGUGAGGUUAGGUGUUACUACGGUUAACGCACGCUUAUCGUUUUUUUUCUCAUUUUCGAAGAUCUAACCGUAUAAUUGAGUGCAUUGAACUAGAACACAUUUGAAUAGAACACAAGUUGAAUUCAUUACUAACCUGAAAAAGGUAUUAGUAGUAUACAAGCGAUUACUACGUUUGAAGGAGAUUUAUAGUUUCGGAUAGUUGAAUAAGGGAAGACCUAAUGUAAGUAAUUGGCUGAGCUCCUCGCAAUCUAUUGUUCUAAUCUAAUUAAUAAUAAUUUCAGCUUUGAGCUGCUGCACAAGAAAGCUCGCUUCAAAGAAUCUCCCUAUAUCCGAACUGCCUCCGAACAUACAGAUUUCCUAAAUUGAAUAUUCUCGUGAGCGGGGCAAUGACUUACGGAGAUAUAAAGAACUAUCUGUUAACAUCAUUUCAUUAGUGAAAACAGAUAGCAGAUAUCGACUUUCUAUGCAACGGAAUACAUAUUUUCUAUGAAAAUAUCUGGCA